UCCUUCUGGGAGACAGUGACUACCUGUCAGCUGCUGUUUCUAGCUCAGCUAUGCACCGCUACCACAGCUCUCAGUCGAGACUGGACCGUCUCCCCUCUGAAGGUCCAGUGUGUCACGGUCACCUCGGGUCAUCCAAAUGUCUGGCGUGCACACCCGAGCAGUCGGCAUCAACAUAUACAAGCUGCCACAAGCCAUGGCCAUCCUCAAGCCGAGACUGGCACUGUCCAGUCUGCCUGCAGACGGCCAGCUUCCCAGUCCAGACCAACUGUGGCCAUUUGUUCUGUGCUCCCUGUUUGAUCGCCUACUGGAGACACGGGUCCUGGUUGGACGCAAUCAGCUGCCCUCUCUGCAGACAGAAGGUCAGCGUGCUGUGUAAUCUAUUUAACGAGAGUCGAACAGACCGCCAGUCAAAGGAAGUUCUCGAGGAAAUCACAGACUACAACAAACGUUACUCUGGAGCCCCACGAAGGGUAACAGACUACCUGUGUGACGCGCCUCUUCUCCUGCAGUUACUGGCCCGAGGCCUGGGCACCAUGGGAGGACUUGUGUGGCUGUUUUUCUUCAGGGUGGCGCUGUGCUGCGUGGGGACCGUCGUGUCCAUCUCCUACCCUCCUCUGGAGCCCGUCUCCUCAUCAGCAAAUCCCCUAGAAACAGACCCCUCCCUCUGUGGACUGCUGGGGGUCCUGGAUGAUCUAGUUGUGGUCAUCCUGCUCCUUAUCUGUGUUAUCAACAUCAACCAGCAAAUGGCACCAGAGAGAGGGGGGCACUCUGCAAAUGCUACAACCUCACAAGGAGUAAUGGGGAGUUCACUGUAGACGAGAGUGUCAGUACAAGCUGUUUGACAUGGACUUUCAUUGGAUUUCUUCCUUCUGGCUGUAGCUAGUUGGAUUAGUGUAUGCAAGAAUAUUGACAACAGCACAGCAUGCAACAGUGGAGAUGUUAAGACGGCGUCUGAGCCCCUCGGACUGUGGACUCCGGACUCCAGGCCUGUUUGUCAAGUGUUUACAGAGCCUAUGCAAGAGUGAUAUCUAAAAUACAAUGUCAAGCAGUGUGCUAGUUCAACUGUGAUCACAAAUCCUUACAUUCCUAAGGCCUAAAGUGUCUGGUUGGAAGCUCUUUAAUCCAUAUUAAAUAGGCAAAAUCUUCAGUGUUUGACAUAAUUUCCUUCAAAUCAACAAUUUAAAUUGUAAUUUCAUCAUUCAUAUUUUAAUUAUACUCCAUAUUUUCUUACGGUUUUACCCAGAAAAACUGGCCACUGUCAUUUUUACUCCUCUAAUUGGGCAGCUUUGUUGCAGCAAGCUCAAGAAAAUCUGUCAUGUCAGUACUGUAAUACUGA